AUGGACACACCCAGCAACGAUUUCGUAUUUCCAGUACCCAACAUCAUUGAAAUCCAUCAUAAAGAUCAACGCAAGAUGGAUCAAUAUAUUGAAGCGUUUCCUGCCACUCAACACGGCUAUUGCAUCCGGAUUGGUCACUCAAAUAGUAGUUGUGCACUUUCUCACUAUGAGUGCUACCAAUCAAGUUAUCCACCUGGCGGACCAGCAGCUGUAGGCACCACCAAAUCAGUACGUAUAGAAUGCCCAUUCAAGAUCGAUACCCGAUAUCUGUCCGCUAGCAACUCGUGGCUCCUCAUUUAUGCUCACCUUGGACACAACCACCCGCCGGACUUCAAUGUCAAGCCUCGCAAGAAGCACAAGGACCCUAAAGACAAACAUAUACUAGCUCCCGGAGUCACGCUCAACAAUGACGACGACGACAGGCUCACAGAGGCCCAUCCAUGCGACAUCAUUGUUCAACAUCUUAUAUCCCCAUCAUCGGUACCCAAUCAUCUCACCAAGCUUCCUCCUCACAUUGGACCCACCACCAAGUCCACACUCACCAACCAAAAGGCCAACAGCAAGACCAAAGAACCAGCAUCACAUCAUUAUCAACCUCAACCUCCUUCUCACAACAUCAAACACCGACUCCAAUCACCAGACUUGUUAGAUUUGACUAUGUCAAGGGUCACAGACCGGCUCCGAGCUAUGACCCCACGUUGCCAGCAGGAUGCCCUCCUCAAGAUCCAAUCAAUUAUUACCCAAGCACUACCGCCUAUGGUCUCCUUCAAACCACACGAACAUGACUCAAACUGCAAGCCUGAAUUGUUCGAUCCUACAAUGGAAGCAGAACUCGUCCACAAUGAGGACGCAAACGUAGAAUCGCUCUGCGACGUUCUCAGCUUAACAAACUCAUUGACGACUUUGAUCAGUUCUACAAAGGGCCUGCGAAAGUGUCCAACUCUACUUUCAACUUCGAGGAUCUAA